AUGACAAGAAUAUACUUACAUGUAUAUCCUGAUUCGGAACUUUUUAAAGAUUAUGAGUAUGAAAAAUUGAAAGGAAAUUAUACGAAUGACAUUAAGGAUGAUAAAUACGAGGGUUUAGAGGAUGAAGAAACAGAUGAACAUUUAACUAAUGAUAUUUUACCUACAAUUAUAACAGGAGCGAGCAAAAAUCAUUUUUGUCCCUUAAAAAGUUUUCUUUACACUAUCCAUGAGACAAUAAAAGAGUCCCAAACUAAGACAAGAAUAAUUGUAUAUGAUCUAGGAUUGUCAAACAAACAAAAUGAAGAGCUAAGUGAUUUACAAAAUAAAGGAUAUUUAACAAAAGUGGAAUUAUUUGAUUGGUCAAAAUAUCCAUCAUUCUGGAAUAUAAGUAUUGCAAGAGGGGAAUACGCUUGGAAACCUGGAAUGAUUUACGAAAUAUCACAAAAAUAUCCUGGUGUUAUAAUUUGGUUGGAUAGUGGAACCAAAGUUCAAGAAAAAUUUUUUCGAAAUGUUAAUAAAUUUUUAGAUGAAAGUAAUGGAUUCGUUUCACCUUCAUCACCCGGUUUAAUGAUAAAUUGGACUCAUCCAGGAAUUUAUGAUUACUUUAAUGAUGAUCAUACAAAAUAUGAUAAUUUACCAAAUUGUAAUGGUGCAAGUAUAGCAUUUGACACUAAACGUACUCAAUCAUUGAUUGAUUCUUGGUACGAAUGUGCUUUAGAAAAAGAUUGUAUCGCACCUCCUGGAAGUAGUAGGGCAAAUCAUCGUCAAGAUCAAACUUUACUAACUUAUCUUGCCGCCAGAGAAGGAAGGAUUUGUGAUCAAGACAGAGGUUAUUUUGGUUUUCAUAUUCAUGAUGAUAGUAAUUGUAAGAAAGAAAUUAAACAAUAUGAAAGCGAGCAUAAGAACAUUAAUUAA